GACUCCCUCUCUUACAGCGCGCCAAUAGUCAAACGGCUCCACCUGAGGACGUUGUCAGUUUGUUUUAGGUUUCUUUCUCUGACUUAUUAUUGAAAGCACGACCCCACAAUGGGAACCGCAGAGGGCGUCAGUGCGAUGGUGAUGUAUGAGGACGAGUCCGUGGAAGUUCAUUACAGACACGGAGCUCAUUUACAGCUGUCACCGUGUGGCAGUGAAUUUGUACUAGUUAAAGCCACGGAUCCGCACGGACAUCCUCUGCAGCCCACGGAGCGAGUCCGACAGAGAACCAGGUUCACUAUUAGCGCUUAUAAGGCUCUAAUGGCAACCGCACUGGCGUUCAGGAAUAAGUAUGCCAGUCGACCAUACCUUCCAGGAGAGUUCAUCUCUGCUGACAACAGGAAGCCUUUUCACAGUAUUGACUGCAGUGUUAAAUGGCCCGAGUGGUCAUCUUACAAGCCUGAGUUUGGACCUGGAGGCGACAUCGUGGUCAGGUCAGAGGAGGGGAGAGCCAUGUUGACGCUGUCGCCGUCUGGUGAGGAAUUCUCUGUCGAGUUCACGUGUAACCUGAGUCAGCCUCAGCACCAAACUGUGUGCAGUUUAAACAAAACUGAUGGCAGUCUGAAGAGCCAGCAGCAAGCAAACAGUCAGAAUGAUCAGAGACAUCUUCUGGGGAAGGAGUCUACUAACACAAACUCUUUUUCCUCACAUCUUUCCAACACUACUCAUCAACAGCCUGAACAGAUGUACCAGGCCACCACAGUUGCACAGCAUCACUCUUGCUUUGCCGUUGAUCCCACAUGGGCCUAUCCUCUCUCCUUGGCUCGGCAUCACUGGACGUCCCGUCUCUCUAACAGUGAAGAUACUAAAUCUGAAGAACCAAGUAAAUCCAGACAAGCUGAUGACGAGAUGAACAUAUCUGACAAAAAUGAUAAAGACAGAAACUCCCAGCUUCCCGAGGCUCUUCCUCUUACAUGUCCAUCACCUCACUGGCACAGGUGGAAGAUUAAAGACUCUCUGCUUGAAGAAGAAAUGUCAGAUCUUCCAACGGAGCUUGUAAAAAUAUUAUGGUGUCAAGGAGUCACAUACAGGAUACUGAGUGGAGAAAUCCCAGUGGUAGAGGUUUCCCCAGGAGACGGCUCAGUGAUCCGCUCCAGUGGUGUCCUAAACUCUUAUUUUACUCAUCACAAGCCCAGGCUUCACUCUGAGGAGGGAAGAGAAACAACGUACCAUUUAAGCAGCCUUCCCCCUGGUACACCUGGACAGUUGUACCCUGUGGGCUCCAUCGUGAGCCGUGCCAGCAGGAUUCUCGUUUGUUAUAACCAGGCCAAGCAUUUACUAAAGUUUCCUGUCAUACCCACCUGCCUGCAACAGGACAAAUAUAUUUCUAAAACGAUGCAACCUGAGCAAAAUCCUCCCAGCGCAGUGAAGACAGACGCAGUGAAGACAGACGCAGUGCCACAGACAGGUGGAAGUCUUUCGGAUGCUGUUGCUGCAGAACUGGAGAAGAUAAAGCGUUUCAACUUUCUGCUGGAGAACAACCACCUGCUGAGAAGUGAAAGUGAGCAACGAAACUCGGAAGGAGCAAAUUUAAAGAUCGCACAGGAGGUUGAAGUGGUAAACGAGGACUACAUUGCUGAAGCGCUUCAGAGAACCUCUGAAGCCAUUAAGGAAAUUGAUGCUCUCGUCUCAGCUGCCACGCUGACCUGAAGUUUUCAUUAUUUUCACCUUUUCUGUGGCAUGUAUAUACUGGAAUAGAGUCUGAAAUAAAGUGAUUUUACUUUUUAAAUUUAA